GGACCAGCCCGGCUCGCCCCGCCUCGCUCUACGCGGAGGCGGGGACCGGCGCAGCAGAGCCUGAUGGCAGGAAAGCCUGCGGCCCUGCGCCUGAAGGCCGCUGGCUCCUCGGAGCUUCUGAGGACCCGCAGGGAGCGGGUGGGCCUCGUCAUUUCUGUCUCCUGUUUCUCCACUUCCUUCUCUGUUGGCUGGUCCACUGAUGUAUAGAUUUGUCCAUGAUGAACUGUGAACUUCUAGCCACAUGUAGUGCCCUUGGGUACUUAGAGGGAGACACUUACCACAAGGAACCAGAUUGCUUAGAGAGUGUGAAGGAUCUGAUCCGCUACUUGAGGCAUGAGGAUGAGACACGAGAUGUGCGUCAGCAGCUGGGGGCAGCCCAGAUCCUACAGAGUGACCUCCUGCCCAUCCUCACCCAGCACCGCCAGGACAAGCCUCUCUUUGAUGCUGUUAUCAGACUGAUGGUGAACUUGACACAACCAGCCUUGCUCUGUUUUGGCAGUCUGCCUAAGGAGCCCAGCUUUCGGCACCAUUUUUUGCAGGUGCUAACUUAUUUGCAGGCCUACAAAGUGGCCUUUGCAAGUGAGAAGGCUUUUGGAGUCCUCAGUGAAACCUUGUAUGAGCUGCUGCAGCUGGGCUGGGAGGAACGGCAGGAGGAAGACAACUUGCUGAUUGAGCGGAUCCUACUGCUGGUUAGAAACAUUCUCCAUGUCCCAGCUGACCUCGAUCAGGAGAAGAAGAUUGAUGAUGAUGCCAGUGUCCAUGACCAGCUUCUCUGGGCGAUUCACCUCAGUGGCCUGGACGACCUGCUCCUCUUUCUGGCCAGCUCGUCUGCAGAGCAGCAGUGGAGCCUACAUGUGCUAGAGAUUGUCUCCCUUAUGUUUCGUGACCAGAAUCCUGAGCAACUGGCGGGAGUAGGACGGGGACGCUUAGCUCAGGAGCGGAGUACAGAUAUUGCAGAACUGGAGGUGUUGCGCCAGCGAGAGAUGGCAGAAAAGAAGACUCGCGCCCUCCAGCGAGGCAACAGGGAUCACCUGCUUCGGGAGAAAGCUCAGCAGCAUGAUGAGACCUACUAUAUGUGGGCCUUGGCUUUCUUCAUGGCCUUCAACCGAGCUGCCUCCUUCCGGCCAGGCCUGGUUUCUGAGACCCUCAGUGUCCGUACCUUCCACUUCAUUGAGCAGAACCUCACCAACUACUAUGAGAUGAUGCUGACUGACCGCAAGGAAGCUGCCUCCUGGGCACGCCGGAUGCACUUGGCUCUGAAGGCCUAUCAGGAACUGCUGGCCACAGUGAAUGAGAUGGACGUGUCUCCAGAUGAGGCUGUGAGGGAGAGCAGCCGCAUCAUCAAGAAUAAUAUUUUCUAUGUGAUGGAGUACCGAGAACUAUUCCUGGCACUGUUUCGAAAGUUCGAUGAGAGAUGCCAGCCCCGCUCUUUCCUUCGUGACCUGGUGGAGACGACCCACCUCUUCCUAAAAAUGUUGGAGCGGUUCUGUCGGAGCCGUGGGAACCUGGUGGUGCAGAACAAACGAAAGAAGAGAAAGAAGAAGAAGAAGAAGGUCCUAGACCAGGCCAUUGUUUCUGGUAAUAUCUCAUCUAGCCCAGAAGAACUGGAGGCUGUGUGGCCCGCCCUGGCUGAGCAGCUACAGUGCUAUACCCAGAAUCCUAAGCUCAGUGUGGACUCCGUGGUUCCCUUUGAUGCGGCCUCAGAGAUGCCAGUGGAGGAGCAGCGGGCAGAAGCCAUGCUGCGGAUCCAAGACUGUCUCCUGGCUGGUGAGGCCCCACAGGCCCUGACUCUCCUGAGGUCUGCCCGGGAGGUGUGGCCUGAAGGAGAUGUGUUUGGCUGUCAAGACAUUUCUCCAGAGGAAGAGAUUGAGUUGCUGAAACAAAUCCUCUCUGCUCCACUUCCCCGGCAGCAGGGCCCAGAGGAACGAGGGGCAGAGGAAGAGGAAGAGGAGGAGGAGGAGGAGGAGGAGGCGGAGGAGUUGCAAGUGGUCCAGGUGUCGGAGAAAGAAUUCAAUUUUCUGGACUACCUGAAACGCUUCGCAUGUUCAGCUGUCGUUCGAGCCUAUGUGCUGCUGCUGCGGAGUUACCAGCAGAAUAGUGCUCACACUAACCAUUGCAUUGUGAAGAUGCUGCACCGGCUGGCCCAUGACCUCAAAAUGGAAGCCCUGCUUUUUCAGCUGUCAGUCUUCUGCCUCUUCAAUCAUCUGCUUAGUGACCCUGCUGCUGGAGCCUACAAAGAGCUAGUGACUUUUGCCAAAUACAUCCUGGCCAAGUUCUUUGCACUGGCUGCAGUCAACCAAAAAGCCUUUGUGGAGCUGUUGUUCUGGAAGAACACAGCUGUGGUUCGAGAGAUGACUGAGGGCUAUGGCUCCCUGGAUGACAGGUCUUCCAGUCGCAGAGCCCCUGCGUGGAGCCCCAAAGAGGAGGCUCGUCUUCGGGAGCUGUACCUCGCCCAUAAGGACGUGGAAGGGCAGGAUGUGGUGGAAGUCAUCUUGGUCCACCUGAAUACUGUUCCCCGAACACGCAAGCAGAUCAUCCACCAUCUAGUACAGCUUGGACUGGCUGACAGUGUCAAGGACUUCCAAAGGAAAGGAACCCAUAUUGUGCUAUGGACGGAGGAUCAGGAGCUGGAGCUACAGCGGCUUUUUGAGGAGUUCCGGGACUCAGAUGAUGUCCUGGGUCAUAUCAUGAAGAAUAUCACAGCCAAACGCUCACGGGCCCGAAUAGUGGAUAAACUUUUGGCUCUGGGGCUGGUGGCCGAGCGGCGGGAGCUGUACAAGAAGCGGCGGAAAAAGUUGGCAUCCUCCAGCUUGCCCAGUAGAGCGGAGUCCCUGAAAGAUUUUCGCCAGGAAGAUCUGGAAGAAGAGGAAAACCUGCCAGAGGAAGAGAGCGAAGAGGAGGAGGAAGGGGGCUCAGAAGCAGAACAAGUCCAGGGUAGCUCAGUCCUUUCAACUGAAAACCUUGGUCAAAGCCUGCAUCAGGAAGGCUUUUCUACCCCACUACUGUGGCUCCAGAACUGCCUGAUGCGAGCAGCUGAUGAUCGGGAAGAGGAUGGCUGCUCUCAGGCAGUCCCGUUGGUGCCACUCACAGAGGAAAAUGAGGAAGCCAUGGAAAACGAACAGUUUCAGGAGCUGUUGCGCAAGCUAGGGGUUCGGCCCCCCGCCUCUGGGCAGGAAACCUUCUGGCGAAUUCCAGCCAAGCUGAGUCCCACCCAGCUCCGGAGGGUAGCAGCUUCUUUGAGUCAACCAGAGGAGGAACAGAAGCUGCAGCCACAGCUACAGUCUGAAGUCCCUGGAGAGCAAGACUCUGAUGAGGAGCACCGUAAAGAGCACCGAGCUCAAGCCCUAAGGGCUCUCUUGCUAGCCCGCAAGAAGAAAGCAGGCCUGGUGUCCCCAGAGGAGGAAGACACUGUUGUUGGUAAAGAGCAGCUGAAGGCAGCACCCAAGAAGCGACAACUGCUGGACAGUGAUGAGGAACAGGAUGAAGAUGAGGGCAGGAACAGAGCACCAGAAUUGGGAGCUCCAGGUUUCCAGAAGAAGAAACGAUUUCAGAUUGAGGAUGAUGAAGAUGACUGAAGAGCUAAGAAGCCUAGGGGUAGAGAUAGAUAGAUUUUUAGAUGGUGCAUUUAAGUCAGAGUUGGAAGGGUCAUACAGGACCCAGAAACUCCUCUUACUGGACAGAGCAGUAAAAUCCUGGGCUCUUCCAUGGAUUUAGGCUGAGAAACUUCAGCAGCAGUAUUGGACUUCUCUACUAUCAGUCUUUGUUUCUCCCAGUUUUUAUCAGUAUGCCCCAGCAGCUCUCUGGAGAUUUAUUCCUCCUCUUCUAAGAACCAUUUCUUUUGGUUAUUAGAGCUCCUUAGCAAAUAAGAGGAGUGAGUGAAAUACAGAAAGCUCCCUGGACCCCUCUUAUUGGUCUGUUCCUUGUGGCUUUCUCUUGGAGGUGGGUCACAGCACCAGGAGGGGAGUUUUAUGACAUGACAGGUGGGGGGUUUUAGAAACCACUUUUAGAAGAUACCAGAUGCCUCUGUCCUCAUUUUCUUUCCUAUGAUCAUCCUCUGGAUACCAGAUAGAGCCCCAUUCCUGCAUUUGAGGUAGGGUUGGAAUAUAGUACUCUAGAUGAUGAACAUGUUUGCUUUGUGUUUGGUAUUAAAUUAAACACAUAAAGAUUAAAAGUUGA